AUGAAUGAUCCUAAAGAUACGGCCACUGCCACGGUGGACGAAUUGACUCCGUAUGAUAGUGCCAGUAAUGGUUCAACCCGUCCUUCCAAAAAUGAUUUGUUCAAUGAUAAACCCGAUUUAUCAGCCAAAGGUGUAUCCAAAUACCUUUCAACACGGUUGCCUACUUUGCUUGAUAUACCAUGGCGCCACACAGAUGAGAAGUGGUAUAACGUAAUCAACCCUAUCCCAGCAUUGAAGGAGAUGACAUGGAUGCAAUGGAAUUUUUACUUGUGUGGAUAUUGUGGUUGGGCAAUUGAUGCUAUGGAUUUCUUUUGUGUGUCAGUUGCUGUUCCUGAAAUCGCUGUUACUUUAGGCGUUAGUGUUACUGAUAUCACUUGGGGUAUGACUUUGGUCUUGAUGUUUAGGUCCAUUGGUGCCGUUAUAUUUGGUAUUGCUUCUGAUCGAUAUGGUCGAAAAUGGACAUUUAUUGUUCUUUGUGCAUUGUUUGUUGUUGUUGAAAUUGGCACUGGGUUGGUGCAGACAUAUCACCAGUUUCUUGGUGUCAGAGCACUAUUUGGAAUAUUGAUGGGUAGUAUGUUGCCAGUGACCAUGGUUACUUCAUUGGAAGUACAACCAGUUGUGGCUAGAUCGGUAUUGUCGGGAUUCUUCUUACCUGGUUAUUCAUUUGGUUAUAUCUUAGCAAUGGUAUUCUACCGUGCUUUCUCGGGUACUUUUAGAGAAGGGGAAGGAUGGAGAAGUUUGUUCUGGUUUAGUGGUGGGUUGAGUGUCUUGUUGGUUGUUUGGAGAUUAUUGCUUCCAGAAUCACCGGUGUUUCUCAAAAUGAAGGCCAAAAAGAAGAGAUUCAAUGAAAAGAAUAAAGUUAAACACAAGUAUAUUGAUACUAGUGUAUUUCAAACAUUGAAGACCGAGUGGUUAUUAUUCAUCUAUCUUGUUUUGUUGUAUAGUGGUUGGAACUUCACCACACAUGGAGCUCAAGAUUUGUAUGUGACAAUGAUUACCAAUCAAUUUGGAGUGGGGUUGGAUUUGAAAACAAUUAUAGUUGUCGUUAGCAACAUUGGUGGUAUGGUUGGUGGUAUCGUGAUGGGCUCGCUUUCCAAAUUGCUUGGGAGAAGAUUGACGGUGAUUAUCUGUAUGGUCUGGUGUUGUGCAUUUGUAUACCCUUCCUUUUACAAUGCCGACAAAAAUUGGUGGGCCUAUGUCAUGUUGAAUGUGGGUGUUAUGGGUGCAUGGGGAAUCGGUCCAAUUUAUUUAUUGGAAAUGGUCAACAAAGCCAACAGAACUUUAUUAGCAGGCUUGGCUUAUCAGUUGGGUAAUUUGGUCAGUUCAGCUAGUGCUACAAUUGAAGCUCGUCUCGGUGAAGAAUUCCCACUUGAAGGAUUUGAAAAUGGAGUUUAUGAUUAUGGUAAAGUCAUGUGCAUUUUUUCAGCAGCUGUUUCAAUUUACAUGAUUAUCUGUAUAUUUUUGGGCCCUGAAAGGUUUCAUGCUAAUAUGCAUGUUAUUGACUCGGAUGAGGAGCUUGAAGAAGGGGAAAUGGAUAGUGAUAAGAAUGCGUCCAAUAAUGAUCAAAAGAUUGCAACCAAGUAG